AUGGUGAAAGAAGAUCGUUCAACAUGGAAAGCCAAAUAUACAAUGCGUUUAACGCAAUAUUUGGAUGAAUACCCGAAAGUAUUUGUUGUUGGUGCUGAUAAUGUCGGUUCACGUCAAAUGCAAAAAAUCCGUUUAUCUCUUCGUGGUCAUGCUGUUCUUAUGAUGGGCAAAAAUACAAUGAUGCGUAAAACCAUCCGUGGACAAACAUCAAAAAAUACCAAUUUAGAAAAAUUGUUACCACAUGUUUACGAAAAUAUUGGCUUCGUUUUUACCAAAGAAGACUUAAGCUCAAUUCGCGACAAACUUUUGGAAAAUAAAGUUGCUGCUCCAGCUCGUGCCGGUGCCAUUGCACCUGUUGAUGUCACUAUUCCAGCUCAAGUAACCGCUUUAGGUCCAGAAAAAACAAGUUUUUUUCAAGCACUUCAAAUUCCAACUAAAAUUACACGUGGUACUAUUGAAAUCAUUAAUGAUGUUAAUUUAAUUAAAGUUGGCGAUAAAGUUGGUCCAAGUGAAGCAACAUUACUUAACAUGUUGGGCAUUUCGCCAUUUAGUUAUGGUCUUAUUAUCCGUCAAGUUUAUGACUCUGGCUCAUGUUUUGAACCAACUAUUCUUGAUAUUAAGCCAGCUGAUUUACGCGCUAAAUUUUCUCAAGGUGUUCAACGUUUAGCCGCUUUUUCACUCGGUAUUAAUUAUCCAAAUAAAUCAUCAGCACCACAUCUCAUUCUUGGUGGAUUUAAACGUUUACUUGCUCUUGCUGCUGAUACCGAUGUUGAAUUCGAACAAGCUAAAACCUUGAAAGAAUACUUAAAAGAUCCAUCGAAAUUUGCCGCCGCUGCAGCACCAGCCAGUGCACCAGCAGCUGCCGCUGCUAAAGCACCAGCCGCUAAAGAAGAAGCGAAGAAAGCACCUGAAUCCGAAGCAAGCGAUGAAGAAGGUGGUUUUGAUAUGUUCGGUUAA